GCACAUUGAAUCUUCUUCCUUAACUUAACUCAAAACCCCUAGAAAGAAAGAAACUCAAAACCAGUGGUCGGCCAUGGCUGCUGCCACUAAGAAAACCUGCAACAAAUCAUUUUGUGAAGAUUAUCUGUUACUAAGCCCUAAAGACGUAGGAUUAUGGGAUCUUAUUAUGAUUUUGAUCUCUAAAAACAUCGAAAACAGGAAGUUCAUCGACUGUCCAGCUGGAACUCUCGAAACAAGCUUUUCACGUCGUUUUAUUAUCUUCAUAUCCAUUGUUGCUCAGAAGAUUCUUCAUUUGCUUUACGGACCUUUGUAUUGGCUUGGAUCUUUGAUCGAAUUUGUGCCCAACUUUUUCGAUGGCAAUGGCGGAUUUCUCAAGCUUCCUGUUCGUCUCAUUACAGGAAGAUUGGUGCUACCUGAUAGGAAGUCUCCGGAAUAUUUGUCCGCAGUAGGGUUGGGGGAUAUUCGAAGGAAUUUAGACAGUAAAAUUAAGCAUGAAGAUCCCAGAUACACCAGUGCACUUGCCGUAAUGGCUGCUAAAUCUGCAUAUGAAAACCCAGCUUAUAUCAAAGAUACGGUCGAGAAACAUUGGAAGAUGGAGUUCUUGGGAUUCUUCAAUUGUUGGAACGAUUAUGAAGAGGAUUACACGACACAAGGGUUUAUGUGGAGCGACAAAACUGGGGAUUCUGAGCUCAUAGGUGUUUCCUUCAGAGGCACGUCACCUUUCAACGCUAAAGAUUGGUCAUCUGACGUAGAUCUUUCAUGGUACCACCUCCCUACGAUAGGUAAGGUCCAUGCUGGUUUCUUGAAAGCCCUAGGGUUACAAAAAAGCCAAGGCUGGCCUAAAGACAUCAACGCGGACGAACAAAAACCCUAUGCUUACUAUGCCAUGAGACAGAAACUCAAGGAACGUCUUCGAAAGAACCCAUACGCCAAAUUCUUAGUAACAGGCCAUAGUCUGGGAGCAGCAUUAGCAACCGUGUUUCCUGCCAUUUUGGCAUACCAUAAGGAGAUUGAUUUGCUAUCUAAACUUGAAGGGGUGUAUACAUUUGGACAGCCUAGGGUUGGAGAUCACAAAUUUGGUGAAUACAUGAAAGAAGUGUUGGUAACUCAUGGAUUGAGGUACCAUAGGUUUGUUUAUUGCAACGAUUUGGUACCUAGAGUGCCUUUUGAUAAUUCUGAUCAGUUGUUCAAACAUUUUGGUGGCUGCCAUUAUUACAAUAGCUUCUACAAGGGACAGGUGCUCCUUGAAGAGCCGAAUAAGAACUACUUCUCGAUAUUUGCUAUAAUACCCAUGUUUGUAAACGCAGUUUGGGAGUUAUUGAGGAGCUUCAUUAUCUAUUAUCAAGAUGGGCCAGAGUACUGUGAAACAUAUUCUUGCAGAGGGUUGAGAAUUUUCGGACUUUUGAUUGCAGGAUUGCCAGCUCAUGGUCCACAAGAUUACGUUAACCUUACAAGGUUGGGUUCACCGGAACUAUUCAAGUAUUCACCCACGCAUCAUUCAACCAACAAAGUCAAAUAAGUGUACCCCGGUACAAAAUAAAUUUGUACUAACGAAAAUGCUAGAAAAUACCUUAUUAUAUAUUUUGUAAUAAAAUGUUUAUG